CUCCCCCACCCCAGUCACUCACCCUCCCCUCUCUAUACAUUCCUGCCGGUCCAGGCACCUCCGCAUCGGGAAGCUCAACUGACGUUGUCUCUCUUCCAUACCCCCCACAUAUCGAUACCCCUUCGCUCUCCCCUCUACAUCUUCCCCGAUCUAUACAAUUACUCCAUCAUCACCAUGUCGCAAAGUCAUGCGUUGUCCGAUGACCAGGUUGCGGGCGAGCUCCGCAAGAUGACGGCCUUCAUCCGGCAGGAAGCGCUGGAGAAGGCCCGCGAAAUCCAGCUCAAGGCCGACGAAGAGUUCGCCAUCGAGAAGUCCAAGCUCGUCCGUCAGGAGACUGCCGCCAUCGACACUCAGUAUGAGAAGAAGUUCAAGCAAGCUUCCAUGUCCCAGCAGAUCACUCGCUCUACUCUCGCCAACCGCACCCGUCUCCGUGUUCUCUCGUCUCGUCAGGAGCUUCUUGAUGAUCUGUUCCAGCAGGCUCGUGAUCAGAUCUCCGGUAUCGCAGCUAAGGAUGCGGAGAAGUAUGAGGCUGUGCUGAAGGGCUUGGUUCUUGAGGGCUUGUACGCUCUCAAUGAAGACAAGGUGUCUAUUCGGGCGAGGAAGCAGGAUACCGAUGCUGUCAAGAAGGCUAUUGAGGAGGCCGCGAAGGAAUUCAAGGAGACCGUCGGCAAGGAAACGUCUGCGGAGCUGGACGAGGAGGAGCCGCUGCCUGAGGGAUCUGCUGGUGGUGUCGUCAUUAUUGGUGGCCAGGGCAAGAUCGAGAUCAACAACACGUUCGAAGAGCGGCUGCGCCUGCUCGAAAUCGACGCCCUCCCCGCCGUCCGCGAGACGCUGUUCGGCAAGAACACUAACCGGAGGUUCUAUGACUAGACCAAUUAUAUGUGUCUCUUGCCAAGCGAAUUUACAAUACCUGAACCUGUUUCGUCGUUGCAGCCUGUAUCUAUGUACUCCGGUUCUUUUUUCAGGAGAGCACCAUAGCCUUGUAUAAAGUUCUUCAAUUCUUCCUAUCAGAAAUUCAACAGACUUCAUCCCAG